AAAUCUCUCCAUGGCUAUUUCUUCGACGGACGCCAGGGCCCAACCUUUGCCGGCACCGGCGAUCACGCCGACAACAACACCACUUCCACAGCAAUAAUCACCUCGUUUGAGCCCACUUACCUCCAGGACCUACCUCACCUCACCGAUUACGUCCCGGACCUCCAAAGCCGCCCGAACCCGCUGGAUCACAAUCCCUACUUUCAUACUGUGGACGGGUUCUACUUGAGCCGAUCUGACGUCAUUCUCCGUCAAAUCACCUAUGAUCUCUCCGGAAUCUUCCCUUCUCCCUCACGGCACUUGGCCUACCACAGGGCAGGUCCACGCAAAGACAUUUACUUUGACCCGUCGACCGUACGCGCCGCCAUUGUGACCUGUGGCGGUCUGUGCCCAGGGAUGAACACCGUGAUUCGGGAGCUCGUAACGGGAUUAUGGGACCUCUAUGGAGUGCGUGAAAUUUUCGGUAUUGUUGCUGGAUACAGAGGAUUUUACUCCUGUGAGCCUCGGCAACUGAACCCUAAGCUCGUUCAAGAUUGGCACAAGAAGGGUGGGACGGUGCUUGAAACUUCUAGAGGUGGUUUUGAUCUUGAGAAGAUCGUCGAUGCCAUAGAAAAGCAUGGUUUCAAUCAGGUUUACAUUAUAGGUGGAGAUGGAACCAUGCGAGGGGCUGUGAAGAUAUAUAAUGAAAUUCGACAUCGGAAACUGAAUGUUGCAGUUGCUGGAAUUCCGAAAACAGUGGAUAAUGAUAUAGGAAUAAUAGAUAGAUCUUUUGGAUUCCAAACUGCUGUUGAAAUGGCACAGCAAGCAAUCAGUGCUGCUCACGUCGAGGCUGUGAGCGCAGUUAAUGGCAUUGGCCUGGUUAAGCUAAUGGGUCGAAAUGUCGGGCACAUCGCUUUACAGUCAACACUUAGCAGCCGUGAUGUUGACUGCUGCUUAAUUCCUGAAAUAGAUUUUUACUUGGAAGGAAAAGGAGGGCUCUUUGAGUUUCUGGACCAACGACUGAAGGAUAACGGGCAUGCAGUGCUUGUAGUUGCCGAGGGUGCAGGCCAGGAUAUAAUACCGCGAAGCGAAGCACAAAAGGAAGAGAGGGAUGAAUCCGGAAACUUAGUUUUCUUAGAUGUCGGGGCGUGGUUGAAGUCAGAGCUAAAGAACUGGUGGGACAGGGAGCAUCCGGGUGAGCUGUUCACAGUGAAGUACAUAGAUCCUACAUACAUGAUCCGGGCAGUUCCAGCUAAUGCUACGGAUAAUUUAUACUGUUCCCUUCUAGCGCACUCGGCUAUCCAUGGGAUUAUGGCUGGUUACACCGGAUUUGUUGCCGGCCCUAUUAAUGGGAACUAUGCAUACAUACCACUAGAGGAUGUUGCUCAAGCCAAGAACGCAGUGAAUACAAAAGAUCACAAGUGGUCAUGGGUAAGAUCUGUGACCAAUCAGCCAGAUUUUGUGACUUGCUAAACAUUCAAAGGCCACGCAAAGGUUCAUGUCGUUAUGGCCUUAUUUGCCUUCUUGUCUUGUGACUCAAUUUGAAUGUGGUGCAGCUUGUGUGUUUUUAUUGGCUUAGUCUUUCUUGGUAGAAAGUGGAUGAAGGGGGUGUGCAAAUUUGUGCGGUUUUAUUCACACUUGUUUUCAAGCAUCACAUUGGCCGUGUCUUUUAAUGUAAAAGCUAUGUAUUAUCUUGUAUACGAUAACACCUGGUAAUAUAAGAAGUAAUGAAUAGUUGAAUGCUACAACUAUAUAUUUUAGAUCAA